AAUUGUUAUGAAUUUUGAUUUUUCAUGUAGGUAUCUAUAUAACAAUUAUAAAAUUUAAGUAAACUAGUUUUAUACUGAAUAAUUCAUUUUUACUAAAAUAACAAUAUAUUUAUUGCUGAAUAUUUUUAAGGUUAAUUUCACAAAAUAUGCAUAACCGACUAAAAGUACGUACAACUGAAGCACAAAAAGCUGCAGCAGAUCGAGAAAAGGAAAAAAAGCUUCAACUAUAUCGAAAUACUAUAAAUGAUGUGUUUGAACGUCGAUCUCGUAAAGAAUAUGAUGUUUUAGCAUUAAAAUCGUCUGAAGGACUAUUAAGAUCUAAUCCUGAUAUUGUUACCAUAUGGAAUUAUAGAAAAGAAAUAUUAUUAAAAUUGAAACCAUCUGAAGAAAUAAUUAAUGAUGAAUUAUAUUUAACUGAAAAAUGUUUACAAGUGAAUCCAAAAUCUUACUCAGCAUGGUAUCAUCGAAAUUGGUUAUUGGAUAAUGUAGAUCCUAGUCCUGAUUGGAAAAAAGAAUUACAACUAUGUACAAAGUAUUUAAAAUUAGAUGAAAGAAAUUUUCAUUGCUGGGAUUAUCGACAAAUUGUUGCCUCCAAGUGUCAAGAACCAAUUGAAAAUGAAUUGAAAUUUACUAUGGAAAUGAUAGAGUCAAAUUUUUCAAACUAUUCUGCAUGGCAUUAUCGAUCAAAACUUUUCAGUGCAGCAGGUAAAGAUGAGGAAUGUACAAAAAUAUCAGAAUUAUCGUUGGUAGAAAGUGCAGCAUUUACCGACCCUUCAGAUCAAAGUGCUUGGAUAUACCAGCGAUGGCUUAUAGGAAAAUUAGAACCAUCAAAGAUUAUAUACAAAGUUUCUCAAAUAAAAAAUACAGUUUAUCUCAUACUUAAUAGAAAUUUACCAAAUAAUUAUAAAAUUAUUGGACUAGGAGAAACAAUUUGGGAACAAUUCGAUUCAAAAGUUUGGUAUAAAAAAUUAGACAAUGUGAACAUUAACAAGAUACAGAUAAUUGAUGAAUUUAACCAAGUAAUAGAUGAUGCAUCACUAGAUAAUGUUCAAAAAGAUAUAUUUAAUCUUAAUAUUAGUGAACAGCUUCAACUUGUUUUAAAUGGUCAACUGGACAGUUUACAUCAACUACUAGAAUUGGAACCAGAAAGUAAGUGGGCUUUACUCACUUAUGUGUUACUUCUUUACACAUUAAAACCAAAUAAUUAUUUUGAAAAUUGUCUCAAGAACAUCAAAUUAUUAAAAGAAUUAGACACCAAAAGAAAAAAUUAUUAUCAUGAUCUCGAAAGCCGUUAUAAAAUUGAAUACUGGAUUGCUAACAACAAUAACAAUAACAUGGAUGACAUAAAUUUGAAAGGAUAUGGAUUAACAGCAUUUUAUCACAUGCAUAUGUUUCUAUUUAACAUAAAUAUUGAUUUGAGUGAUAAUGAUUUAUCCCACAGUAAUUUAAAUCAUUUAAAAUACUUAAUUAUGUGUAAAAAAUUAUCGUUAAAGAAUUGUAAAUUGGCGAAUUUGAAUAAUUUUCCUGCUCUAAAUAAUCUAGAGAGUUUAGAUCUGAGAGACAAUCAAAUUCAAGACAUUUCAUGCACAGAAUUAACAAAAUGUAAAUCACUAAAAACAAUUAUUAUUGAUAAUAAACAAAUAGCUCUUGAAAAAAUAUUACAAGGUAUCAAUCAGUCUUUUAAUAUUAAAAUUAUGUGAUAGUUAAGUGUUAUAACUAGAUCAUAUGCUACUGAAAUUAAAAUUAUAUGCUUAUACAACUUUUUAUUUAUUUAUAUUAACAGCAUAGAACAUAUUAGUUUAUAAAAAUACAUAAACUUUAUAAUUUUAUAAUAAAAAAAUAUUUUAUUAUGAUCAAUA